AAACAAGUUGGCAGCGCCGCCCAGCAGUUAUCGAUAGCCCGUGGCCGAUAAAACACUGACAUCAAACCCAUGGGCAGUGGGAUUGCGGUGCAAUUGGCUCGAAAGUACGGCGCAGUGAUAUUCUUUCCCACUGUUGCAGUCGGAUCGAUUUACGCAGAUUGGUCGCAUACCCGCGAGUGGAAACGCCAGCAGCUUCAGUUGGCACGCAGCGCGCAGCUCAGGAGUCAGAGUUAAGGAAAUAGUACAUCCC